UUAAAAUACCGCGCAACACACGUCUCGGAGCAUCUCAAGAUAUUUCGGAUCUCGAUUUACUUCCCCGAUUAAUUUCAAGUCAAUUGCACACGAGAAUAUUGCGCUUCGCAGUAAUAUUCGGAAGACCGUCGAAUUGCGAUCGUCGCUUCUCCGCAUCGCCGCUCGUCGAAUUACACGGCGACUGUUGUAUUGUCGAGCUUGAUGAAAGCUCGAUGAAAGCGAGGCAUUGCCGGACUUAUUAAGUUCGUAUUCAACAUUUUAAACAUUGAAUUGCAAUUCUCCUCGAUAAAUAUAAUACGCUGUUCGGAAGUGUACGCAGUGAUCGUGUUUGCAGUUGCAGAAGUUAGACAUGUUUGGGAAAGAAGCUGUUAAACUCCUAACGGAGCUCGAUAUGCAUGAAGAUAUUCGACCGUUUAAUGAACAAGUAAUGCGACAAGUUUUUGAAGAGAUGCAAACACUUUAUGAAGCCAAUCUGACGGACAGCAACGCUAUACAGAACGAAGGCAACACGGCGUUGUUGCCAUCGGUGCAUUUCCGUCACACGGCUCUGCUGAGAAACAAACGAUGCGUGCUGGCGUAUCUGUACCACCGGGUCAGACGAUUACGGCAGGUGCGCUGGGAAUUGGGCAGCAUUCUGCCGACCGAGAUAACCGCCAACUUGCUGAACGCGGAGAUGCAAUGGUUUCAAAGUUACAACAAAUCUCUAGCCACCUACAUGAGAUCGAUAGGCGAUCACGGAUUAAAUCUGACUAUGAACAUGAGUCCUCCAAAGACGCUCUACGUUGAGGUAAAGUGUUUAAGUGAUUUCGGCAAGUUGGAACUUGAUAACGGCGAAGUCAUUACACUCAAAAAGAAUACGUAUCAUCUGUUACCAAGGGCCACAUGCGAACCACUUAUCAGACAAGGCAUACUCGAGCACCACAUUGCGUGAUAAUUGCUUGAUAAAAAGAAGUCUCCUGAUUUCCAUUAUUUCUUUUAUGUGUGUGCUUGUGUGCCACACAACACUGCCAAUGCUGCCUUGUACAUCUUAAUGUUAAUUUUCUCUCUCUGUGUGUGUAUAUAUAUAUGCGAUCAUCGUAUUAAAGAAAUAAAACAACCU